CCCCCCCCCCCAAAAAAACCAACCCAUCGAACAAGAAAUCCUAAACCGGACAAGAGAAGGAAAUAGAAAGCGCCAAAAGAGAGAGAAUGACAUCCCUCUCAACCAACACGAAACACAAAACCCCCAUCCUGCUCCUAAAAACCAAAUCAACCCCGCACGACGGCUACCACGAGUUCUUCUCCGCCAGCAGCAACGAGAGAGAAUACGACCCAACUUUCAUCCCCGUCCUCGAGCACCAAUUCCACAAGGAAAACCUCCAGUACAUAAAAUCCCUCUUCGAGGGGGGCGCGUUGAGUCCCGGGCCGCGCAGGAAAUAUGGCGGGUUAAUCUUCACGUCGCAGCGAGCCGUGGAGGCGUUUGCCGAGCUAGCGGGGGAGAUAGAUGAACAAAUUCGAAAAUCCCUCGCCCCGUCUCUAAUCCUGUACACUGUCGGACCCGCAACCGCCCGAUCCCUAGCCACGCUUCGCGACGCCUACCUACCCGGCGCGAACAUCUUCGGUGCCGACUCCGGCACGGGCGAAAACCUAGCUGCCGUGAUGCUGCGCCAUUAUAACUCUGUAUACGGCGGCAUGGGCGUAUCCUCCGAGCACCACGCGGAAGAGCGGGGGAAGCAAGGGAACGAGGCCGGGAUGAGGAAACCCGCGUUGUUGUUUCUGGUCGGUGAGCAGCGCCGAGAUAUCAUUCCGAAGACGCUUAUGGGUGCCGUGCCAGAGAGGGACAGGAUCCGUGUUGACGAGGUGGUCGUGUAUCAGACUGGUGUGGUGGCUGGGUUCGAAGGGGAUUUUGAAGGCGUUGUUCGUAGGGAACUUGCCUGCUGUUUUUCUCGUUCGCAGUGUAGUUCGGCUGGAAGCCAUCCGCGGAAGACAAUCUGGGUUGUUGUUUUCUCGCCGACCGGGUGUGAUGCGAUGUUGAAGGUUCUAAGCCGGGAAGAUGGACUUGUCUUUGGGCGAGAACCGAAUCGAGAAGCAUCUGAGAGGAGGGUUUUUGUUGCGACCAUUGGUCCUACGACGAGAGACCAUUUGAUUAAUGAGUAUAGGUUUGCGCCGGAAGUGUGUGCGAAGAAGCCGUCGCCUGAAGGCGUUGGGAGUGGGAUUGAGGAGUUUAUGAAAGCGUGGGAGGGGAAGUAGUGGCGUUUUAUAUCUAUCUAUCAGGAAUUGUGAUACCCUAUGUAUAUCUUGACACACUGUGUUAACUUUAUAACUUU